AUGCUCCAGCAUGGAGCUGUCGCGAAAGGGCAGGCGCGAGAGCCGAAUUGCGACGGAGGCUCGGGCGGCACCGCACGCGGCCGGAAACGGUCAUUGACCCUUCGCCCGCAGCGCCCCACGCGACCACGCGCACUCUGCAAGUGGAAAAUCAGCCUCCUCGCGAACCUCUCCGGCCCUAAUAGACCUAGCCAAAGUUGUGUGACAACGUGCACAGAAGAAAAAUUUUCCACUUUACGGGCUAAGCCUUCUCGAAGCUCGCAUAUGGCUGCGUACGUCAUUGGAGCGGCUAACUGGGCGCCGCCCCCGCCACCCCGCCGCCCCGCCGCCCCGCCAACACCCCCGGCACUUGUUGUAUCUGCAGCGUGGCUUCAUCACAACACACCGGAAUCGUAUGCGCCGCGCGCAAUGCCGAAGGCUCCGCUGACAAGGUCGUCACACGCGCACACACCUCCCCCCACCUCCGUGCGUUUCAUUAGUCGCCUCCAAUUGGGGAAUUCA